AGUCACAGGUAACCACAAGGAAGUUAUCACCAAAUUUAUCUUUCUUCCGCUUAUUAUCUGAACAAUGCAGCAAUGCUCCAAGAGAAGGUGACAUCUCAAUAACCAGGCAGUCCAUAAUGAAUGCCUGGAUGGCAACAGAAGGUGUUCUGGACAGCCAAAGUUCUCGGUCACGAGCAGCGGGCGCAACCGGUCACCCGUACGGGAUGAUGUGUGACAAAGCACGGGGCACCGUCCGCUCCAGCGCACGGUCAAAAACACCCACCAAACUAGGUAGUCCGAAACUCCGGUUCGCCGGUUUAAGCUGGCUAAUUGUCUUGUGGAUUUUGUAUUUUAUAUCACAGUGCUCUUGUCUCAGUCUCGAGAAAUCAGACCACCUUAUCCCUGAUAAAAAACUGCGUCAUGAACGAAGUAUAGCAACAGAUCAACCCAACUCACGCAAGCUGAACUCGACCGUAAGCAGGGUGGUACGGACGGACUGUGUUCUUUGCUCCAUCAGCAAACCUACCCUGUGUCCCCCGGGGUCUGUCCCCCUUACCCAGGGGAGUGGUGACAGGGGGUGUGUGAUAGUGACAUGGACAAUGACAAUGUCUUUUGCAUACAGCGAAAUUAUUGGUUGUAGUCAACAAUGCCGACUGACUGAAGUAAGACAGGAAUGCUAUCCUGGGUAUUGGGGUCCAAUGUGCUUAGAGUGUCCAGGUGGAGCCAGCAACCCAUGUAAUGGGAGGGGGCGGUGUCAGGGGCAGCGAGAGGGGGAACAGUGUCAGUGCAAUCCGGCCUUUACAGGUGUAUCAUGUGAAUUGUGUGCUGCGGAGGACGCAUAUGGACCAAACUGUGAUCAAGUUUGUGACUGUGUGUAUGGAGUUUGCAAUGCUGGAUCAACUGGGAAUGGAUUCUGUCUGUGUGAAGAAGGGUACCAGGGACCAAGGUGUGACCUGGCCAAGACCAGUUGUGGAGAUGCUAUCUGCCAUCCCUUUGCAAUAUGUUCCCCACCUAUCAGUGAUGUAGCAGACCCACUAUGUGUAUGUAGUCCAGGCUACACUGGAGAUGGACGGCUCUCAUGCGCAGAGAUUGACCCCUGUCAGCGAGAGGGUGUCUGCAGUGUACACGCCCACUGCAAUCAUACGUCACCGGGGAAACACACAUGCCAAUGUUUAUUUGGUUACUAUGGCGAUGGGAAGGAAUGCCAUCCAAUCAAUCGCUGCCAGCAAGAACCUUCGGUCUGUCCUCCACCGUCCUCAAAGUGCGUCUUCGAUGGUCCGAUGCGGUAUCAUUGUGAUUGCAUGGAGGGCUACGACGACUACUUAUUUCCAAACGGCUGCCAGAAAAUCGAUAUGUGUGUCUCUACCUCGACGUACAGCCCACCUCAGUGCCCGCGUCAUUCUGUUUGCUCUACCAUGCCAGAUAGUAGUCGAACUCGAUGCGAAUGUGAACGUGGAUUUCAGGGAGAUGGGACAGCUUGCCAUGGGAAUAUCUUACAGGUGCUGCAUUACCUCAACACUGACAUUAACGGGCCGAUGGAGGGAAUGUUUGACAUUUCUAUCGGGUUGCUAGAGAUGACCAUGGGGUAUGUUCUAAGCAGCGGGGGCCUCUUCACCGUCUUUGUGCCAACGGACGAAGCGAUCCGAGAAGUUUUCUUCGACGAGUCUGAGCUGACAGAAGAUGUAGAGCUUGCACGUUACUUGAUGAAGCUUCAUGUUAUACCCACAUACUUGGACACCUUCAUGCUGAAUAGAACCAGAUCGAUCUACACGCUGGCCGGAAUCAUGGCUGAAGUCACACCAAAAGAUGGGAAUCCAGACGUUUUGAGGUACCGAAUUGAAGGUAGUAACGAGAAGGGUAAACUGAUCUACCAGGACAUCCCCGCUGCUAAUGGAGUGAUCCAUGUGAUUGACAAAGUACUCUACGAAGCACCCUUAGUACCCAAUAACCCAGAGGAGUCUGUAGCGACCAUCAUCUCCACCACAGGAAGGUUUAAUCGAAUGCAGACCUUGAUGCUGAGUGUUGGAGUGAGCAAUGUGAUCUACCCUUAUGGCUUUUAUACGAUUCUAGCUCCGAUGAAUAAAGCCUUUAACCAGCUACCAGAGGGUUCCAUCGACUACUUAAUGUCUACUGAGGGACGUCCUAAGCUUAUCGCCCUUCUGAGGAACCAUGUUGUUGUUGAUCAUUCGUUUCUUAUGCUAGACCUGAUUACAAGAGGUGGUGUGACGUCACUGCAUGGUUCAACGACCAACUUUCACAUCAGGUCGAACGGCUUGAUCCAAAUGGACGGUAAAGCAAAUAUGACAUUUUCGGACAUCGUUGCUUGGAACGGCUACAUCCACAGCAUUGACGGGCUGCUAGUUCCACCGGAUAUUGAACCUCUGAUAUCACAUAGAUGCGACAGUGUCAAUUACGGGAACACAACGGUAAAACAGUGCUGCCCUGGUUUCUAUGGAGAGAACUGCCUUCCUUGCCCUGGAGGUUUUGCUAUACCAUGCAGAGGUCACGGACUGUGUACAGAUGGAUGGUUCGGGAGUGGUACCUGCACAUGUGAUGAAGGCUUCCAGGGCACAGCUUGUGAAUUGUGCGAUGCUAACCUGUUUGGCGUUGGGUGUAACCAAACCUGUACUUGCAUCAAUGGGAUAUGUGACAGUGGACCAGCGGGUACAGGGCAGUGUAUAGGAGGAUGCCACUAUGGUUACACUGGACCCAACUGUAAUAAUCCCAUAGGGGGCUGCGGAUUGGAGUUUCAUGUAUGUCAUGAACAUGCUGUUUGUGAGUCCUCUGGAAGUGAAUUAAGUUGUGUUUGCCAGGCGGGUUAUCUUGGAUCGGGUCUUCAUUGUGAGCCAGUCAAUCGUUGUAUCUUACCAGAACGCGGAAACUGCCACCAAGAGGCUGUUUGCUCCUACACUGGUCCGGGGUUGAGUACCUGUACAUGUAACGAUGGAUGGUCAGGAGAUGGCUAUGUAUGUACUGCAAUAGAUCCCUGCCAGUCUGCAGACAGGGGAGGAUGUGGAGAUGGAGCUAUCUGUGCCUACAUCAGGCCUGGCAAGAAUAAAUGCUCCUGUAACCUUGGUUACUCUGGUAACGGGACAUAUUGUGAACCCAUCAACCCGUGUCUACUGAUGACGAACGGUGGAUGCCAUGCUCAGGCCGAUUGUGUUCAAACAGGGCCAGGUACCAGUGAUUGUCAGUGUAGAGAUGGAUAUGGCGGUGAUGGUUUCCGCUGUUAUCAAAGCUUACUCAUGGAAAUUUCCAAAAUGCAGCAGUUGGGAAGUUUCUACGACCUGAUAAUGAUUGGCGAGAUGGACAGGUAUCUUGCAACAUAUCAGUCUUUGACCGUCUUCGCUCCGACUGAUGAAGCCACAAACCAGUUUGUGGGAUCCAGUGAUAUCGUCACACCGCGUCGUGCAACUGAGAUUGUCAAAAUGCACAUUGUGAAUGGCACUUUCAGCGAGCGUGCUUUGUACAGGCUGGCUUUCGAUGUAGAUCAGAAUAUUCCAACUCUGUUUCCAGACUUUGAUAUCACCGUCCACGACUGCAACCAGCAUCUUUGUGUGAAUGGUAUUCCAGUCAGCACAUCGGACAUUCCUUCCACAAACGGAUUAAUCCAUAUCGUUAAUGAGGUUUUGGCUCCUUUACUCCACGGAGACGAGGCAGGUUUUGUCCCAGCAGGAUUGGUCCCAUCCGGAGCGGCUUCCGUCACCGAAACUCCUCCGUUUUCUUUCAGUCAACUCGUCAAUCAAACUCAGCCGAACUCUGCCGUCUUGGACCUCCUACAGCAAAACGGUCUUCUAGAUGACAUCAACACAGCGUCCUCUUACACGGUUUUCCUUCCAUCAAAUGAUGCAGUUACGUCGUUCAAUGCCUCCAAAGUAACGAGAGAUAUUCUACGCUACCACGUUGUCCUCGGCCAAACCUUGACUAGUGCUGAUAUGUACAACGGAAUGCACAUCGACAGCGGUCUCGGCCACAACUACCAACUACGCUUCCGGAAAAACUCUACCAAUUUAUUUGUGAACAAUGUAAUGGUUGAGUCUCCCGAUCUCCUAACGGAUAGAGGUGUGGUCCAUGUCAUCUCCGAGGUUAUGAUACCUCUGCAGAAUCACUGUGAUAUCGAACAGACACGUACUACACUGACUGAGUGUGGAAGCUGUGAUAGCCCUCCCGAGUGCCCACCAGAUACUGCUGAAAGGAUUGUUCCAAGCAAGAGCAAUUGCAUCUAUACACAAGAGAUGUUUCAUUUAGCACACGUUCCUGGUUGUAGAGUAACAUGCCGUGGAGUUUCCUACAUCCCAUGGUGCUGCCUUGGAUUCUUUGGCCCAGAUUGUGCAGAAUGUCCCGGUGGAUGGUUGACUCCAUGUAGUAACAACGGUCGCUGCAGCUCUGGCAUUGACGGGGUUGGAACCUGCAGCUGCGAUGCAAACUUCAUUGGGACGGCGUGCGAGCUGUGUCAAGCUGGACACUACGGUCAGCGCUGCGAUGGAGUGUGCAGCAGCUGCGUGAAUGGGCGUUGUCGUGAGGGUAUCCAUGGUGACGGGAGAUGUAUCUGCAACACCGGAUACACUGGAUUACAGUGCGACAUAGCCGUAACUUCUUCCAACCAAUGUUCAGAGGAAUGUGAUCCAAAUGCGUACUGUCUUGAUCAGCAAUGCCUUUGUUACAACGGUUUCAUUUGGAACGGCAGCAAUUGUGAAGUUUACAACUCCUGUAGUGAACACAAUAUCUGCUCUGAGCAUGCUACUUGUUGGUCUGGAGGUGAUGGGCCUAGCUGUUUUUGCUCAUGGGGGUAUGAGGGUGAUGGUAUUUAUUGUGGCGAGGUGAACCCUUGUCUCGAAGAGGACGACGGAGGUUGCCAUGAACUAGCUGAUUGCAUUCACACUGGUCCAGGUAUGAGUGCCUGCCAUUGCCAACCUGGCUACGAAGGCGAUGGACGCACACGAUGUAGUCCCAUCGAUCCCUGCUCGGACAACAACGGGGGCUGCAGUGUGAGGGCGCACUGCGUACCCACAGGACCAGCGCUCCGUAACUGCACGUGUUUUGACAACCACAUCGGCGACGGAAUUGAGUGCAUCGGUAACAUUGCUGAGGAGUUGGUCUUGAACAGGAACUUCACUCAAUUUGUGGGUCUUUUGCAGUCAAACCGUGAUGUUUUGAGGCUGCUGGGGUCAAGCCGAGCCAAGAUGACUCUUCUUGCACCGUCCAACGAGGCGUUUGAACACAUCGACGAAGCUCAGAUUAUUGAGUGGAAUCGAAACCACCAGACAAGACGGAUCUUAAUGCAUCACAUCGUCGGAUGUACCGGCCUCCUCAGUCCGCACAUCAAUGGAUCAAUAACGUUAGGAACACUAGCAGCGCGCCAGAUUCAAAUCCAUUACUCCACUGUUGAAGGACUGAGUGUUAACAGCGAAGUUCGCGUUACAGCACCAGACUAUGAGACAAGCAAUGGCAUUAUACACACCAUAGAUAAGAUCCUGAUCCCCAGUGAGCUGGGUGCCAGACCUGGACACUUAGAGCAACUACCGCUGGAACUAGUGGCAACAAACGCUACGUACAGCAUCUUCAUUGAGCUGAUGGAGCGGUGCGGCCUGUUGGAGGUGUACAAUAACCCCAUGAUGCUUCCCCUGACCGUCUUCAUGCCGACCAAUGAGGCGUUCAUGAGUCUCUACCCGGGCAAGCUGGCCGAGCUACGAGACCCAAUGAAUAUAGAGACCCUGAGAGAGUAUCUGAAAUAUCACAUCAUAUCACACAGGAAGAUUCAGACAACUCAGAUGGCGACAAGGGAAAUACGUGAAGCUACUUUGCAGGGGUCCAAUAUUAGUAUGGCAUGCCAAAUGAACCAGGGCGUGCUGGUUAAUGGAGACAGUAAGAUCGUUGAGUUUGAGACGGCAUAUCGUGAUGGAUUAUUCUAUGGACUGGACACAGUGCUGGAACCUCCAAGCAUCGGAGGGAGAUGUGACGAUAUACAGAACAUCACGUUCACAACAGACUGUCAUUCCUGCAGCCGAACCAUCCAAUGCCCACCAGGCUCUGUACCAGUUGGUGGUAACCUGCCAGAUUGCUUCUAUUCGGUUGGCUGGUUUGACUAUCAGGGUGGAUGCGUACAACGUUGUCUCAGACAAAAGAGAGAGCCGAGAUGUUGUGAGCGACACUAUGGUCCUGACUGUCGAGAGUGUCCAGGGGGUGUGCGUAAUCCAUGCAGCUGGCGUGGGGUUUGCGACGACACUUACACUGGUAGCGGGAGUUGCCUAUGCGAUCAGGGAUUUACUGGCGUAGCUUGUGAACUCUGUCAACGUGGACGAUAUGGACCAGAUUGUGACGAGUGUCAGUGCACAAGAAAUGGUCAAUGUGAAGAUGGUGUGUCUGGUACCGGCCACUGUUUCUGUGAUGCAGGCUACAGCGGCAUUCAAUGUGAGACCCAGCUGUCUGUGAUACCAGUCUGUGACCCACCGUGUCACAUGAACGCAGUGUGUCGUCAGAGGAAUCAGUGCCAGUGUCGAUCGGAAUACUAUGGCAGUGGCUACUCAUGUACAGUAAUCAACCAAUGCAUCAACAACAAUGGCGGAUGUAGUAUGUAUGCCAACUGUACCCAGGUUGGCACGGAAGCUGAUUGCCGUUGCCAUGCCAACUACGAAGGUGACGGCCAUGUUUGCCAGCCCGUAGACCCCUGUAUGGUGAACAAUGGCGAAUGUCAUCAGGAUGCAAUGUGCAAGCUAACUGGUCCGAAUGCCAGAUCUUGCACAUGUAUCCCCCCUCUUCAGGGAGAUGGAAUAGUCUGUUCAGAACCAAACAACAGACCCGGCCAAGGAUGUUCCAUUGAUAAUGGGGGAUGUCACAUAAAUGCCAUCUGUAUAGAUGGCACUAAUAAUCCUGUUGGUCCGCCCCAAACCCUUCCUACGGGUAGACAACCCUUUGAUGGGGAGGGUCUGCCGCCCUCUACCGGUGUGAGAUGCCAAUGCAAAGAAGGCUACAACGGGACUGGAGUGUUGUGUAACGGUAACGCAAAGGAGACUCUGUCCAACAUGAGGAAUUUAUCCAUGUUCUAUCAAGCGCUCGUUUGGUUUGCAAAGCAAUCCAAAGCAGGAGACAAGCUAGCAGAUUCCCUGAUGAACGCCAACUCUAAACUCACCCUAUUUAUCCCAGUCAACUCUGCGGAAUUAGCUAACACCACCUUCACUGGUAUGUUGAUUGGUAACCACAUAGUAACGGAUCAGAUGUUGCUUAGGAACCAGCUAGUUAACGGGAGUAACAUGAUCUCGUGGUCACAGGGCAAGCUGGUGGUGGACAUUGCCAAAGCGGAUAAAUCAGUGAGAAUCAAUGGCGUACCAAUUGCAGUAUUUGACAUUCCUACCACCAACGGUAUCUUACACAUCAUGUCACUUCCAAUCCAGGUUAUUAAACCAAAGUCUUCAGAUGAUAUUUCUAAUUCAUCAGCUAAGCUGUCUGGUAGCAGACUCUUUGCCAGUGUCCUCAUCACAAUCUUUGUCGUCAUCUUCAUCUUCAUUGUCAUUUUUAUCAUCGUCAUAAAAGUAAGAAGAAAAAAGAACGCUGACUCCAGACAAGUCGUCUCACGAUAUCGUGUGAGAGAUAACGAUGAGGGAAAUGUAACGUUUGCUUGCCACGGUGAUACGAUAGACGAAGACGAAGAGAGUUCGGAGCCAACUUUCCCCAAUCCAACAUUCCACAAGAGAUCUUUUGAAUUGGCUGGCAUGGACGACGAUACAGUAGGUUUUGCAGAGCUUGAUUACAACAGAGCUUAUUAAGAUCAACAGCCAGCAACAUUAACAUGUUUAAUUGGUGCGAGACGUUAUAAAACAGAGUUUUGAAGAGCUUCACAACAGGGUGCUAUUAUUUGUAAAAUAGUUUUAAAAACUCCGGCCGGGCAUUUUGUAGCUGUAUCCAAAGAGGACACAAGACAGGAGAAUGUGACUUUUUUUGUCCGCCAAGCGUUUCUUGGAAAUGUCUACCCAGGGAGUGAAGUGAGAGCUGUUCGGAGCCGACAACUUUCCCUGAUUUCUGCAGAAAGGUCCCCUGAAAAACAACCAAUCUUUCUAUGUUCUCAGGAACAAAAUUUGAAAAUCUACAUGAUUGCAGUGAAGCUAUAAUGUAACCAACCAGCCGUCAAUUUCACAAAAUCUUCCUAACUUAGGGUUAGUCCUAGGACUUGUACAUGUAGGAUGAGUUAAGUUCCGUAUCCAUAGCGUUACGACCAAUUGAACCCAUCCUAAGUUAGGACGAGUUACUCCUCCUUACUCGAGAUGGGAUUAAUCCUUUGUUUUGUUAAGUUGGCUGCUGGGCCCGAUUUCAUUGAGCUGCUUAUAAGCAGACAUUGCUUAACAAAUUUUUUGCAAAAAUAUGCAGGGCACCAGCCAGAAAUGGUACGUGACAUGCUAUUUUGGCUGGUUGUGGUAUCAUGUAAAGAAAAACUGUCUUGUGCUUACCGGGAAUUUACUUUUUGUGCUUAAGAAGCUCUCAUUAAACAACAACACUAAAAAGAGUCUGGUCCCUUUUCAAAAUUUAAUGUAUUUAUAUUGUUGGCAUGCAAGGUAUAAUACAGAGCUGACUGCUGGUCUGUAACAUGUCUUCCUAUGAACAGGGCCCAAUUUUGUAGAACUGCUUAAUUGAAAAUAUUGCUUAGCAGAAAUAAUCAGGAUACCAGUCAGAA